UUUUGAGGCAGGUCAAAAGUGUUUUAUCCAGGCAGCCGAAUGCGCCAUUCAGGAAAACGGGAGAGGCACGCAUGAAAAAAUUCCCCCAUCCCUUCCCGUUAUAGCAGCGACUGCAUGAUAAAUUUAAAAAGGGGGCUGUUCUAUUGUGCAUCGGUCUAGAAGAGGAGAGAAGGAAAGGAAACGUCGGGCCCCCGAGUUUGUUUACAUCGGUGAAAUGUGCGUUCGUCGACUUUGCUGGUUAAAUUUUUCUAAAAUUUAGCCACUUCUUCCGGCCGAAAAAGGGAAGUUGAAAAACCGAUUUUGAUAUUAAUUAAAAAAAUGCUGAGAGGCGCGCAGUGUCCAGUGGCGCGGGCAUUUUUCCGGCCUUAUUCGUCUAAAUCGGCCGCCGCGUCAUCAGCCUUUCCGAAAAUCAGGGAGGACAAUUUCGACCAUGUCGUCCGCUCUCCGUACAACGUUGAAGUCUCUGACCUGAACUUAAGCGACUUUGUUUGGAGGAAUAUACGAAGCUACCCGGAACAGCCUGCUUUGACUUGUGGACUGACAGGGCGCACUUACAAAUACAAAGAGGCGCGAGGCUCAAGUUUUAACUUGAGCGUGGCACUUCUUAAUGUCGUGGGACUGAGGCCAGGAGAUGUCUUAGGCAUGUUGAUGCCGAAUGUACCAGAGUUCCCGUUGGUUUUCCUUGGGGCCGCGUCGGCCGGGCUGGUUGUGACGCCUGCCAAUCCACUUUACACGCCAGAGGAGCUGGCGCGGCAGUUCACAGACGCCAACGUUCGUUGCAUAGUCACGGUGGCCUCUUUGUUUGACAAAGUUCAAGAAACCGUGGAACUGAUGCCUGGGGGUGCUGGUCCCAUAAUUGUCGAAGGGGUCCCCAUUUACAAAGAUCUGCUCAGCCUGAAAGCCUUGAUGAUGCGGCAGUUGACCAGGAUGGACCUGAAACCUGAACGGAUUGACCCUGACGCACUUGUCGCGCUGCCCUAUUCAAGCGGCACCACCGGCGUGCCCAAGGGGGUCAUGCUGACCCACAGGAAUAUGGUUGCCAGCAUCAACCAAAUGGACCAUCCGCAGAUGAUCGCGUAUGGUCAGGAUGGUCCACAAGAACGAGGCCUAUCAGUCAUACCGUUUUUCCACAUCUACGGUCUCCAGGGCACCCUCAACAUGAGCCUGAGUAGAGGCUACCAUGUCAUCACAUUGCCCAAAUUCGAACCCCAGUCGUUUUCCAACGCGGUCCGAAAUUAUAAACCGACGAUGAUGGCUCUGGUGCCUCCUUUGGUAAAAUUCAUGACCCAAUCGCCAACGGUCAACGCCGAAGACUUGCAGUUUUUGAGACUGGUCACCAGCGGUGCAGCGCCGCUGGGAAAACCGCACGUCGAAGCUUUUUUGAGGAAGAUCAACAACCCAGAGUUUAUUUUCAAAGAAGCCUACGGCUUAACCGAGACUUCUUGCAUGGCCACAAUGAUGCCGAAUGCCUACAUUCCCGAAAAGAUUGGUUCCUGCGGACUGCCCGCGCCCCUGGUUGAGGUGAAGGUGAUUGACAAGAACGGAAUCUCCCUGCCUGUCGGAGAAACGGGCGAGCUGCUGAUGCGCGGUCCCAACGUCAUGAAAGGAUACCUUAAUAAUGAAAAGGCGACCAGGAGGAUCCUUUCAGAGGACGGUUGGCUCAUGACCGGCGACCUGGCUUACAUCGACUCCGAUGGUUUCGUUUUCAUUGUGGACAGGAUGAAGGAGCUCAUUAAGGUCAAAGGGUUGCAGGUUUCACCGACUGAACUUGAGGAAAUCCUGAUCAAAAUGGAUGGAAUUGCAGACGUCGCUGUGGUCGGCGUUCCGGACGAAAUUGCCGGCGAACUGCCCAAGGCAUAUGUGGUGAAGAAGCCUGGCAGCAACAUCACAGAGGACGAAGUCUGCACAUUCUUGGAGCCGCACGUUGCCAAUUUUAAGCACCUCAAAGGAGGAGUUCAGUUUGUCAAUGAAAUUCCUAAAAACGCGGCGGGCAAGGUGUUGAGGAAGAAUCUGAAGGAUUUAUAAAUUAUUAAUUUUGUGUACGGGGAUCAUUAUGUUAUAUUUUUUUGUGCAUUUUAUAUCAAACCAAUGAAGCAAUCAAUAAUCUAUACAUAUAUGUGACGACGAAAGAGGGAUUUUUAUCAAUAAGGCUGACAAUUAAGACUUUUCAAAAACUUACUGUCAAUAUGGAAACAAGGAUACUUUUAUGACUGAAAGCAAGACUUUUUUUUAUUAUUUAUUUACUAAUGCAUACUGUUAUUGUAAUCUGUUGGAUGUGAAUGAGUAGAUGUAAUAAAAAUGAACUUUG